UUCUUGAAAUAAUAAAAACAUGAGUAAAUUCACUCGACCCACAUUCAAUGUGGACGAUGAUGAUCUUGAAAGACUUCAAGAAGAGUUCUUUGCAGGAGAGCAAAUACCUUCUGCAAAAGUAAUUCGUAAACCAGCUACUACUACUACUACGAUUUCUACUGAUCCAUCUCCUAGAAAGCGUAGUUUAUUCGCUGAACGUUUAGCACAAGGAGAGAAAAAGGAAUCAUCAAGUAGUAAAAUGCCUUCAUUAGAGAACUCAACACCAUUACCUUCACUAGAGGAUCCUUCACAAAAUGAGAAUGACCAAAUCAUUGAAUAUGAACCUGUGAUCGAUCCUAAUCCUGAACCUCAUGUCCCUGUUAGUAAGAAAAUGUUAGAUCUAACUUCCAUGUUGGGUCAAGUGUUGGGUGAAAUUACUGAACAUGAUAUUGAUGCUAAAGUUGUAAGACCACCUACUUUACCAGCUCUAUUAGAGAAUAAGCCUGCACAUGGUCAUACGGGUGGGUUCCCUAAACCUGCUCAUCGUAGUGAAUUUAAGAGAAGAAUGAUGGAGAAAAGAGUAGGUAAAGAAUCAAAGCCUCCUCGUCCAGAGAACCCCCCACAGGUUACAUCCACUGUCUCUGAUCCAAUGUCAUCUGAUUUUUAUGCCCAAGAAAACGAUAGACGUAUUCGUGAAAUGAGUGAACAGGAACUUAUGGAAGCACGAGAAGAGAUUAUGAACACGUUAAGCCCUGAAUCGAUUGCAUUAUUAAUGAAGGGGUUGAAAACAAAGAACAAAAAAAACGAUAUAGAUAAAGACCUUCCUGAGCAAGAAGUCGUAGAAAAGAGUUCAGCAAAGAAAAAAGUAUCCUUUGCAAAAGAUAUCGUAGACAAAAAAGAGGAAGAUUUGUUAGAAAUGAAAAAUAAAUAUUUUCCUGACGUACCGUUAGAGAAUGAUAAGUUAGCUUGGAUGGAUAGUCGUUUUUUGACACCUGAAUUAAAAGAGCAGGAAGAAGAAAAGGAAAAGUUAAAUGAACAAUUACCACCUUCAGAGGCAGAGAAAGUAUAUCGUAAGAUUCGAUUUGAUUUACAAGGUCGUAUUAUGGAUCCUAAUGUAAACAUACCUAGUUAUCAAGGUUUACAUCAUCAUGGUGAUGAACCUGAUAAGGCAGGUUAUACAUUAGCUGAACUCUUUUAUUUAACUCGAAGUCAAGUACCUUCUCAACGAUCUAUGGUCUUAACUACGAUUGCUCGUAUUAUUAAACGCGCUAAAAGGUCAGUCAGGAUGAAAGAAGGAUCUAAAGAGGAUGGUAAGGUCUGGAGUCAAAUAUGGUCAGUUUUUACUGGUAAAGAACACGCAGCAGCUAUCUAUCUUCGUUCUGCAUUGGAUGAUCGUCACUUGGUGGUCUUGGUAAGCGCUAUUCAGGCCCUAUAUGCACUUAUCAUAGAUGAGAAUGAUGAUGAGGAAUGGGAGGAGACAGUUUUGGAUGUGACUGAUUUCUGUCGUUAUCUAGGACAUCUCUCUCGUCCCAUUUUACCUGCUGGCACUACAAAGAUCAAACGAAAGGGUUUAAAUGACAAACUUUCCGAAUUAGUGGAUCGUGUACGCCAACAAACGAGUCAGGAUGAACAAGAGAAAGAGAAUGAUGCUGAACUUGCUGAGCGUGAUCUCAUUCGAGGUUUAGUUAAAAUGAAUCUCUUACCUCGUAUACGUUAUUUGCUUGCCUCUGAUAGUAGUGAAUUGAUUGAACAUGACCCACCUUCUGUAGACCGUUUAGUACGUAUUUUGGUACGUAUGGCUGAAGCUGGACAGGAUGUGUGUGAAGCGAUUGAGGAGGAAGACAUUUUAGAACCGGUGGUCGAAUGGGGUUUGUUGAAAACAUCAUGGCCUAUGACAACAGAUAAUACAAAACGAUAUCCAAGUUUAGCCGCCGUACGUCUCCUGACAUUAUUGGCGCAAGGAAGUAAGAAAAUUGCAGAAGGAAUGAUUGAAAGGGCAGCGACGAUCACGUUACGAUUCUUAGUGACCUCACCAGAGAUAGCAGACAGCGACUAUUUGAAACAAAGAGCUUAUGCAUUGCAGCUUGAAACACUUCGUCUUGUUCAUGUUUUAGCCUGUUACGGAUUUAUUCUUCCGACAUUAGAGGAUCUUCAAGGACCUGUUAUGGAUUGGCUUCGAGCUGCUCUGAACGAUCAUUCAAAUGAUAAACAAGUGAUGAGUAGAGCCUCCAUGGCCAUCCAUCUAUUGGAAAUUCUUUUACAUUUAGCCGCUGAUCCUCACAAGUCCAUACCUGCUCAUGCUAUUGAUUGGCAUCAACCCACAGCUUAUUUACCAGCUAUAACUGCUGUACUACGUGCUAGUCGUCGAGAAGGUCGAUCAACAGGUUUGUUGUCGUUGUUGUAUGAGUCUGCUUUAGGCUAUCUGAGUGCAUGGGCAACCUAUAUUGAACUCUUCCCUCCUGAACCAGAGACGGUGCGUGAGGUUUGGAAGGCGGUGAUUGAAGAAAAAGAAGAAGAAGAAAAAGAAAAAGAAGGUGCAGAGAAUUCAAAAUCUGUUGGUUACACAGUUUCUUCUAUAACAACAAACUAUGUCCUUCGUUACAUCCAAUUUCUUACUGCAUAUGCCUCACUUCAUCCAACCACAUCUUUAUACCGCGACCUUAUAGAAGAUGCAGAACGCAAACUCAAGUCAGAAGAGACAAUAGCGCUGAUAAAAACAUCUUAUUCAAGGGACAUGCUAGGCCGCUAUGCUCUAUGGCUAUGGUUAAAGCAUUGUGAAAAUGAAAGAAUAGAAUUUAAAAUAGCAGCAUUAGAAUCAGGCGUUAAGAGUAAACAAAUGGGGCUAGUUGAAACAUGGUUGGCGCAGUCAUUAUUGCAGUUAUCUUUGUCAAAUCAACUAUUAAAUGAUGACCUUAAGCCGUUUUAUUUGGAUCAUAAUGAAGAACAUUUGAUAAUUUCUAAAUCUUUAUUUAGUUAUGAUAGUCGACCUAUCAAAACACUCAUGUACACAGACUUAUUUGAAGAUUUAAGUGAUGUAGAAGAAAAAGAUAGAUUACAGUUAAAUGCCUUUAUUCUAUCACCCAUUGAUGCACUUUACCAUUUAGACAAAUCAAAGGUAGCACAGAAAAGUAGAGUAGAUGCUGCAACUCUAGUAUCAAGAACGAUGAAGAUGGCAAGGGAACUAUUAAAACUGGACUCUAAUAUGGGCAUCAUUGCUCUAAUGAAGAUUUUCUUAAUUGGUGACCGAGAAGGACGUCAGACGAAUAUUGUGAGCACUGAUAGAGAGAUCUUUUGGGAUGAUCGAGUCAUAAAAGAAAUCAAUGAAUGGAUGGAUAUAUUCUGCAUCACAAAGACAAGUUUAAAGGCAUUAGAGAUAGCUUGGCGGUUAUCAUCAGAGUAUAUUCGACAGGCACAAGUACCCUUUUUCCAGUUUUAUCAAGCGUUUGUAGCUCAAUAUGCAGCUGUCUCACUGGGUCAUCAUGGCUUUGCUCGUCUUUUAGUUUACCUUGUGAGUCAAAUAGAUACUAUCGAUUAUCGACAUUUAGUCUUCAGUGACUACCGAGAUAUUUUGCCUACGCUUAACAAAGUAAAUUUAAAUGAAAUUCCACCACUUUCAGAAUCUGAACGAGAAGCACUUUCAGAUGCAGGAUUGAAGCUCUUAUAAAAUAAAAAGUAUUAUAUUUGCAUACGCAUCAUUAUAUUACACUAUACGUAUGUAAUAUAUAAAUAAACGUCAUUUUAAUUACAAAAGGCAUUAUUA